UCACAUUGGCAAACCUCUUCUGCACAUUUUCAUUGUUGUUGUUUAAUCGGAAUUAUAAAAGUUGAGAAAUUAUCCAACAAUUUUUAGAGAAAAACAUAAAAUAUAUCCUAAAAUUCCUUUCUGACAAAAAUAAAAAAGAACUAUAUGUAUUCGAAUACAGUGGCAUUUCGACAAUCUUCAGUCAGAAUUAAAGAUUAUUGGAGUCGCCUUGAGCAGUUAAUAUGUUUGAGACGAUUUUCAUCUGUUGUUGGGCAACUACCGUCACUCCCUCCCUCUAAUCCACAAGAUCUCCGGCCGGUUUUAAGCAAUCCCGGAGAAAAUUUAAAUACAAAGGCAUUACAGAUUAAAUCACUGCGAUCUUAUAGCACUGACAAACAAAAUCCUUCCCAACCAAGACCACCCACGGCCAGUGAUUUGGAACAUGCCUAUAGUGUACUGAGCGAUACACUUCCAAAACUAUUCAUUCAGCCUUUGGACUACUCAAUUUACAGUCCAAACUUGGAAUUUCAAAAUAAUAUAACAGGAAAGCAUACAAUCGGGUUGUACCAUUACGUUAAGCAGAUUGCUCUAUUACGCACAGUGGGACACUUGAAGUAUGCUUAUGUCAAAUUGGAAGUUCUUAAGAUCACCAAACAUCCAGAGGACUUUACUAUUAAAAUUAGAUGGCGUGUUCGUGGCAUUUCGGGUUUGAAAGUGAUGUUGAACUUUUGGAAGUAUAAAUUGUGGGAUUUAAAAGGAGUAUUCGAUAGUCAGGAAUCGUGGUAUGAUGGUUUCUCCGUUUGUUAUUUGGGAGACAAUGGUCUUAUAUAUAAGCAUGUAGUUGAUAAGGUUAUGCCGGAUCAAAAUCAAGAAGUUGUCGAGUCGAGCACUAUAGUUGAACCUGGUACAAUGGCGGUAUCGUCGAAAAUUGGCUGCUCAUCCACAGCCAACAGCACUGCUAGCGGAACAAAGUAAUCGAUUACAUUAAAAAUGUAGUUAUUGAGAAAGAUAAUUUCUUUAUUUAUAUAAAAAAACAUUUAAUAAAUUUUAUGCUGUGCUAAUUACAUUGUUUAUUGAUUAAAAAUAUCGUUGUUAAUUUAAAUAUGUA